AUGCGGUGGCCAUUCGCGGUACUGCUCGGCUCAGCCUUUGUGGUCCGCCAGGCACUUGCGGACCUCACCUUCACCGUGACGGCCACACGCAACGGCGUGGCGAUUCCCCAAUCUGAGAUCAAGAUUGAGCCCUUCGAGUUCGGCCGUGGCAGUGUGAGCCAGGGCACACCAGCACGGCGAGCCCGUCGAAAGAGCCGGAGGUCCAAUCCCAUCGCCACAAGUGCCAACUGGUGCGGCUCGGUCAACUCGGCGCCGUCGGGCAACCAGAUCAAGACGAUCCAUGCCAGCUUCCAGCACCCCUCGUGCAGCCAACGCAGCGGGAUGUCAUUGUACCCCCAGGCAGAAGCGAACUGGGUGGGCAUCGACGGCGAUACCUACAAGUCGGCACUGCUACAGGCGGGAACCCUGUGUACGCUAUGUCUUCGCAGGCACCUGGCUUGGUGGCAGUGGGUGCCUUCCGGGGCCUACACGAUCACCUCCCUACCAGUAUCUCCUGACGACUGGAUCGAAGUAACCAUCGACACGGCCUCCGACACAGAAGCCGAGAUAACAAUCGCCAACCUCUCCCAACAACAAGUCUACACAAUGCACAUCGGCACGGGCCCCACGCUCGCGCGCGUGGACGCCGACUGGGUGGUCGAGCGCCCGUACUUCGACGGCGCGCUGGCCGGCUUCCCGACCUUCACGGACGUGUGGUUCGAGGAGGCCUACGCCAACCUCACCUCGUCGUCGCCGUCGUCGCUGGGCAUCCUCGGCGCCAAGCAGUACCAGAUCCCCGAUCUGUGCGCGUCGGAGGAGUGGGAUGACUCGCAGGAGGUUUCGUGGUCGCUUUGA